AUAGUAGUGCCCACAGCUUCGACUACGCCGGCAACAGCAGCUCCUGGAGCUAGCACUACAACAGCAGCAGUAGCGACAACAACACCAGCAUGCGUUGAUAAGAUAAAUCCGCGAACCGGAGUAUCAGAUUGCCCCUCUCGUGCCCAUCUAUGCAAUAAUGGGCUUUAUUAUGCUUUGAUGACGGAUCAAUGCCCGAAAACUUGCAAUAGAUGUGGUGGUGGCGGUCAGCCCACUCCUCGUCCGCCAGGUAUACAAUAA